CUGGCAUCAUCUGGUUAGUCGUCACCCUGCUGCAAGAAUCCAGAUGUGAACCCCCCCUUCCUCGAAAUACUUUUUCCUUCCCAAACCCGGAGCUCCCAAGUUUUACUUCCUCAUAUUCCAAGUAGGCCUAUAUAAACUCAUCCGCUGACCCACUUCAGCAGAAAGGACAGAAGGCUCGAAACUCCCAACAUUGAACCUCAACUUCAUCAUUCAAUAUCCGCCGUCCCACAUCUGAACCAAAGAAUGCUGCUGUGUUUGUGCGUGUUGAUGCUGGCGGGGGCGGCUCUGUGUCACCCGCUGGACGAGGUCACGCUGGACGCCCAGUGGGACCAGUGGAAGAUCACGCACCGCAGGGAUUACAACGGCCUGACAUCCGAAGAGGUGUCUGAGAAGAUGAUGGGUCUGCUGGUGCCACUGAACAGAGACCUCACCUUCACCGCCGCCUUCGAUGACAAGCUGGAGAAGCUGCCCAAGUCUGUCGACUACCGCAAGAAGGGCAUGGAUGAGGAGGGGAUCCGGAGGGCCGUCUGGGAGAAGAACUCCCGCAUGAUCGCGGCCCACAACGAAGAGGCCGCGCUGGGCAUGCACUCCUACGAGAUGGGCAUGAACCACCUGGGAGACAUGACAUCCGAAGAGGUGUCUGAGAAGAUGAUGGGUCUGCUGGUGCCACUGAACAGAGACCUCACCUUCACCGCCGCCUUCGAUGACAAGCUGGAGAAGCUGCCCAAGUCUGUCGACUACCGCAAGAAGGGCAUGGUGACCUCCGUCAAAAACCAGGGCUCCUGUGGGUCCUGCUGGGCGUUCAGCUCAGCAGGGGCCCUGGAGGGCCAGCUGGCCAAGACCACUGGGACCCUGCGGGACCUGAGCCCCCAGAACCUGGUGGACUGUGUGACCGAGAACAGCGGCUGCGGGGGAGGCUACAUGACCAACGCCUUCAGCUACGUCAUGCAGAAUGGAGGCAUCGACUCUGACGAGUCCUACCCCUACGUUGGCCAGGACCAGCAAUGCGGCUUCAACGUCUCCGGCGUGGCCGCUGAGUGCAAGGGCUACAAGCAGAUCCCCGUGGGAGACGAGAGGGCCCUGGCCGUGGCCCUCUUCAAGGCGGGCCCUGUGUCCGUGGGUAUCGACGCCGGCCUGGGCACCUUCCAGUUCUACCAGCAUGGUGUGUACUACGACAGGAACUGCAACGCCGAAGACAUCAAUCACGCCGUGUUGGCAGUGGGCUUUGGAGUCACCGCCAAGGGCAAGAAGUACUGGAUCAUCAAGAACAGUUGGGGCGAGGACUGGGGCCACAAGGGAUACAUCCUGAUGGCGCGUAACCGUGGCAACCUCUGCGGGAUCGCCAACAUGGCCAGCUAUCCAAUCAUGUGAGGGGACGAGCGGCGUCUCUUCGCUGAGGGGCAAGACGGGAAAGGACAGCGAAGCACAUCAGGAGGACUUGUCGUCCAGAUGACCAACGUCGACAAACAGGAAUGUGAAAUAUUCUAGAAUUGACCUGCUGGAAUAAAAUCAAGAUUAAGAAAUAAUCUAGAUCUCCAAGUUCGUCGUGCCUUGCCUUUGGCUCUCUAGUCUUUUUUUUAUUUCUCUGAAGCACUUUGAAUCGCAUUACAUUUGUCCCGAGAGGAUGCGUUUGGAAUAGAAACAUUUUUGUUAACAGAUCAUGUUUUUUACCAGUGUUAAGAUGUGUUAAGAUGUAGUUAAAUAAUGUGUGUUGAGGCCUUAAGCGUCACAUGGUUUUAAUUUGUGAGUGGCAACAUUGCAGGGCAAUGGGCCAUCUUCCUGUUGAUAAAGAAUAUAGUGUCUACAUUCAAAUCUUAACCUUCCUCUUUUUGAUCUUUGUCUUUUGUUUUCUUGCUCUGGUCAGCACUCUUUUGUUACUUUUUAUGAUUAAACUGUAUCAAACUAUUUUGUAUGUCAUGUUAAAUAAAUCUUUCGGUUUCAAAUGUA